UGAAGAACAGGAAUCAGAAGACGGAACAUCCCAGAUGUCUUCAUUCAGCAGGAAGAUGAUGCCAGAGUGUGUGCUGAGUCUGGAUGCAUCAGAUGUGUUCCUUAAGGAGCGGGUGAUGAACCUGCCUGAGAGGCUGGUGCAGGAGCACAACUACGAGCAGGAGCACUUCCUGCUCCGCCUGGGCAGGCACAGAGAGAACAACAUGGAGGAUGAGAGUGUGGGGAACUACUUUGAUGAGCUGGACACCACCCCUCUGUACCUGGAGAUCAGCAGCAGCGAGGAGCCGGACUGCCUGCUGCUGAUGCAGAAGAUCCUGGACACACUGGGCCAGCCCAGGAACUACGGCCCCAGCUGCAGGGAGGUGGAGGAAGAGGAGAGGAGGAAGGCUGAGGAGAGAAUGAAGAGAGAGGAGCAGGAGAGGGCGGAGCAGGAGAGGAGGGAGGAGGAGGAGGCCACACACAGGGCUGCAAACUGGGACCAGUGGACGGGGGGUCUGGAGGAGAUGAGGCAGCAGGAAGAGGAGCUGCUGGAGGUCCAGUCCGUCCCCAUGACGAUCUACCUGAUGGAGCACGUCAUGCCCACCCCUGACCCAGGGCCUGGUGGAGUGCUGCACCGCCCACCCUCAGGACCCCGUGGACUUCCUGGCGGAGUUCUUGAUCAGGAACAAUCCCUUUAACUACUGAAGGUUGAGAUAAUUUCUUCUCUUUGGAUCUACACUUAAUGCAAAUACAAAAACUGAAAUGAAAUCUUUUUUUCUCUAAGCUUCCUGAGCUCUUUAAUAAAGGACAGAGUGAAGUCAAUAACAUGCAGCAUUUGUGCGGAGGAGGACCUUGUUUUUCUCGCAAUAUUUGAGCCAUCAAAUGUCCCCUGGUGCAUGCUGGGAUUUUGAUUAGGUCUGAUUGUAAGCGGGCCAUUCUGCUGCCCCUGUUGUAUUUACACACAGCUCUGUUUGGGCUCUAAUGUGCCGGCCAUUACUUAAAAGCACCCUAAAAAAGCGGAUGAAAGUGAGUAUGAAGCCAAAAGCUAAUUAGGAAGUUAAUUUGCGUAAUGAACUCGGUAAACUCCGAAGUAGACACGCUCGGGUCAUAAUUGCUUUGAUUUGGCUUCUGAUAUCCAGGAAGGAUAAAUGUUACAAAUGGCAGCUAAUUUGUGUCUCUCUCAUGUUGCCACUCACGACUCCAAAGUGUACAUAAUUGGUUGCGACGGAACAGCAAAUUAUUUCAUUGUACAUACUUAAUCACCACGCGGGGAAAUUAGUGGAGUUUAUUCCGGAAACAUUGUGACGCAAGCCGCUGCGAGACAAUUUCACCACACCAUCUGUGAGUCCCUCAAACACAACAUGCAGACUUUCUGAGAGGGACAGAAAAUAUGUCGAUUCAAUAUUCUCAUAGUGUCAUGCGAUCGUUUUUCGUGACAUUUAAGGAUCUUGCAAAGGCAUUUGAAGUUCUACACUAAUAACAGAAGAACUGUGUGUCCUGAACAACUUGUUCUCCUUUGCUCUCGUCUGAUGACUCCUCAGAAUCAUCUGGUGGGUGAAGGGCUCCUCUAGAUGAAACGAUUCUUACCUGCUGACUAUAAAGAAGGUCAAACUUGAUGCACCUGGAUCAGUGACAACAGGAAAAUGCUACUCUAUGUUUUACUCUACUUAUAUUACACACAGAUAAUGAAGUCAUUUGACUUACGAUACUAAGAGUUAGAAAGACAGACUUGAAACAUCCCUGAGUGGAAUUCAGCGUUUCACUCUGGUGUUAUUAACAUUACACACAUAGUUGAUAUAUGCACAAACAGGACUACAUGCAGUAGUGGAGAGGUGGCAGAGUGAGGGGCUUCUACCCGUCUGGUGCCAGGAGCAGUUGCUCAAGGGCACCUCGGCAGGGCCCAGGAGGCGGACUGGAACCUUCCCAGCCUCCAGUCCCCAUCACCUAAGUUACACGUUGUAGGAGAGAGACCUCCACAUGUUCAGCACUGCACCCCCCUGUCCCUUCUCUGUGUUUAGCUGAAAAUACAUGGUACACUUAUAUUAGUUGAGCACUAUGUGAUUUUAUAAAGUGUUUCUGUUGUACUGUAUCGUAAUGCUUUACAUUUUCAUUUGUAUUGGUUGUAAUUCCUUGAAAUGUGCUUUAUAAAUAAACUUGCCUUGUGCGAUUAUGACUGCAGGACUUUAGCCUGUAAACCUAGAGCAGUAAUGGACCUGAAUUCAGUCA